AUGCCUGCCCCGCCCUCUUCCUCCACAAGUAACCCCGCGAUGACCGUCGUCAAGCACAAGAUCCUUAUCACGAACCGCGGCGAGAUCGCCCUGCGCAUCCGGCGCACCGCCGACAAGCUUGGCAUCCCUACGGUGGCCAUCUACACUCUUGCCGACGCCGGCACGCCGCACGUCUUUGCCGCCCAGGAGGCGUACUGCAUCGGCGAUGGCACUGACCCGAGGGGAUACCUGGACAUGGACGCCAUCAUGGACAUUGCGAAGAAGAGUGGAGCGACGAUGGUUGCCCCGGGAUACGGCUUCCUCAGUGAGAACGCUACGUUCGCCAAGAUGGUCGAGGACGCUGGUCUCGUAUUCCUUGGUCCGACACCGCACCAGAUCUCGUCAAUGGGACUGAAGCACGAAGCGCGUGAGGUCGCGAUCAAGGCUGGUGUGCCCAUCGUGCCCGGAUCGGACGGCGUGGUCGAGGACGUCGAGGAGGCUGUCAAGAUUGCGGCCCAGAUCGGGUAUCCGGUUAUCGUGAAGGCGUCCGGUGGCGGUGGCGGUAUGGGCAUGACGGUUUGUCGCGACGAAAAGGAGAUGCGGGCAAACUUUGACGCCACCCGCGAGAAGGGCCAGAUCCUGUUCAAGGAGUCGGCCGUCUUCAUCGAGAAGUACAUUGAGCGCGCGCGUCACGUCGAGGUCCAGGUGUUCGGCAACGGUGAGGGACAUGUUAUCCACGCUGGUGAGCGCGAGUGCUCCGUCCAGCGACGACACCAGAAGAUCAUUGAGGAGGCCCCCUGCGCGCUUUUCGCCAGUGCCCGGGGACAGGAGGUUCGCAAGCGCAUGUGCCAGGCUGCUGUCGACCUGUGCAAGCUCAUGAACUACCGCUCGGCCGGUACCGUCGAGUUUGUCCUCGACGACACCUCGCCCGAGCUUUCGUUCUACUUCCUCGAGCUCAACGCUCGUAUCCAGGUCGAGCACCCGGUCACUGAGGUUAUUCACCCCGGCCUUGACCUCAUCGAGCUCAUGAUCCGCCAGGGCAUGAGCCCCACUGGCUCGCUCCCCGCUGAGGAGCUCAAGCAGGACCCCCUUCUCAACAUCGACGGUCACGCCAUCGAGGUCCGUGUCUACUGCGAGAACCCCAACGCUGGCUUCCAGCCGUCUCCGGGACAGCUGAUGGAGGUCUCCUGGGGAGACGUUGGAGAGCGCGGCCGUGUGGAGACCUGGGUCAAGAGCGGCACCACCGUCACGCCCUACUACGACCCGAUGAUCGCCAAGCUCAUUGUGUGGGCUCCCACUCGCGCCGAGUGCAUCGACAAGGCUAUCAAGAUGCUCGACGAGACUCGUGUCGUUGGCCCUCCCAACAACAUCGACUACUGCCGUCAGAUCCUCGACACCAAGGACUUCAGUGACUCCACCGUCACUACCACCUGGUGCAGCCGCUUUGCAUACCACCCUCCUGCCAUCGAGGUUCUCACCCCUGGUAUCAGCACCAGCGUCCAGGACAUGCCCGGUCGCCACAUCGGUCUCGGAUUCCCUCGCGCCGGCCCCGCCGACCAGCUCUCGUUCCAGGCGGCCAACCUCCUCGUCGGCAACCCUACCACCACCGAGGGUCUCGAGGUCACCAUGUCCGGCCCGAAGCUGCUGUUCCACGUUGACUCCGUCAUUGCCGUCACGGGUGCCGACAUGAAGGUCACGAUUGACAAGAAGGAGGUCCCUAUGUGGACCACUCUGCCCAUCAAGGCUGGCCAGACGCUCGCCGUUGGCAUGGUCCGCCACGACCUUGGUAUGCGCGGCUACAUCGCGGUCGCUGGAGGCUUCCGCAACGUUGCCGAGUUCAUGGGCUCCAAGUCUACUUUUGCCGCUGCCGGUCUCGGCGGUUACCAGGGCCGCACUCUCCUUAUGGGCGACCUGCUCGAGAUUGGCAAGGCUGAGGUUAAGGAGACCCUCACUGUCCCCGAGAACGCUCGCAUCCCUCUCACGAACUCGUGGACUGUUCCGGUUCUCGCCAACGCCCAAUGGGAUCUCGAGUACCUGUCCAAGGAGGGCAUGGAGACUCUUCUCACCGCCGAGUGGAAGGUCAGCACUCUGUCCAACCGCAGCGGACUGCGUCUCGACGGUCCUCGUAUCCAGUGGGCUCGUGCCGACGGAGGCGACGGUGGUGCCCACCCCUCGAACGUCAUCGACCAGGGCUACGCCUUUGCUUCGCUCAACAUCAACGGUGACACCCCCGUUCUCUUCACUGUCGACUCGCCUGACAUGGGCGGCUUCAGCAACGUCCUCGCCAUUGCGAACGGCGCGGCCUGGAAGACCGGCCAGAUGCGCCCCGGUGACAGCAUUCGCUUCGUUCUCGUUUCUCCCGACGAGGCGGCGCAGAUCAACGCCGACGACGAGGCAUGGCUCAAGGCUUGCACGACCUCGUCCGCCAAGCCCUUGCACCAGCUCACCGAGUCCAAGGACAUCAAGGACUCGACGAAGAGCUCGGUACUGUACCGCGUCGAGGCGACUGACACCACGCCCGAGCGCAUUUUCCGCCAGUGCUCGGACGAGUAUGUCAUCUACGAGGUCGGAGACAUGGUCCUCGACGUUCAGAACCGUGUGCGUGUCGAGCUCUGGGAGCGCGCCAUGAGGGAGGCCAACAUCCCUGGUGUCCUCUACAUGAACGCCUGUGUUCGCAGCAGCAUCGUUCACUUUGACCCCAGCGUCAUCAGCAUGCACGACCUCGUCGAGCGCAUGGUCGAGAUCGACGCCGGCCUCGGCAGUGGUGAGGACGUUGAGCUCCCCAUCACGGUCCACCACAUGCCUUGUGUCCCCGACGACAAGUGGACGCACGAGGCGAUCGAAUACUACAUGAAGACUGCUCGUGAGGAGGCUGUCUACCUCCCCAGCAACACCGAGUACAUCGCUCGCAACAACGGCAUGACUCUGAAGGACGUGCACGACACGCUCACAUGCACCCCCUGGCUCGUUCUUGCCCACGGCUUCUUCGUUAUGCUUCCGUUUAUCAUCCCCCUCGACCCCACUCGCCGUAUCCUCGGUCAGAAGUACAACCCCUCGCGCACCAAGACGCCCGAGGGUGCCAUCGGUCUCGCCGGUGUCAUCGGUGCGAUCUACCCCAUCGCCUCUGCUGGUGGCUACCAGCUGCUCGGCCGCACGCUCUCGACCUGGCAGCCCUGGAGCGAGAGCCACUCGCUGCUGACCAACUUUGACAGCGUUCAGUUCUACCCCGUUUCCGAGGACGAGUUCGAGUCGAUCGAGCGCCAGUUCAAGGCGGGAGCCUGGAAGCCCAAGUCGGAGAAGUCGACUUUCAAGAUGAAGGACUACCUUGCGAUGAUCGAGAGCAAGGCGGACGCGACGAAGAAGUUCCGCGCUCAGCAGCGUGCCUGCUCGUCCAAGGUCGGCGAGGAGGAGGAGAAGAUGUUCGCCGACUUCCUGAAGAAGAAGGCCGAGGACGAAGCCGCCGGCGUCAAGCCCAAGACGACGGCCGACUUCCCUGGCGAGCCCGUCACCAGCCCGCUCUCGGCCAGCGUUUGGAAGGUGCUCGUCAAGGAGGGCGACAUCAUCGAGGACGACGAGCAGCACGUCGUCGAGCUCGAGGCGAUGAAGACGUCCGUCUUCGUCGCCGCCGGAGACGACACGAAGGGCAAGAAGGUCACUGGCAUUGCUGUCCAGCACGCCGACCCGGUCAACCCCGGCAUGCCCCUCAUCUACCUGGAGUAA